AUGGCGGCUCCUUUUUCCGCGAUAUUGAAUGGGGAGCCGCCAAGACUACUGACCGAGCUUCUGAGUCGGCGCGCGGCGUGCGUCCCCGAAGCGAUCCCCCGCACACGCGACGCGAAUCCGCGCGCAACCGCUGGCCCAUCGGCGGAAGCUUCGCACUCGGGGCCUCCGGCGCGACAAGCCGCGGUGCGUCAAGCCGUGGCGGCGCCAGCAAAAAAAGUCCCCUGCAGGCGUACCGAGCCGCCGUUCAUCAAGCCCUUGGGACCUCAAGUGACAGCGACGGCGCGGGAACUUCAAUCUCCUGUGCGACCCCAUCAUUGA